AUGUUCUACCCCGUUGAAGUGCUGCUUCAUUUCCCCGCGAUGGUCACUGUCGGCUCUGGGCAAGAAGCACGUCGCUUCACAGAAGCACGUACAAACCAGAUCAUCGACCUCCAGACGUACGAGAGGAAAGCAGCCGUAGAUGAGAAGCGCUGGACUACCAGCCAUACAAAAUUUGAGGCCCAAAACCCUCCACCAGCCUACUACCACGCCUCCCCCAUGAUGCGCCUCCCCACCGAGAUUCGUCUACAGAUCCUCGCCGAGGUCCUCUUCGACCCGGACGAGAUCACCUUCAACUUCAACGUUCCAGAUCCGAGCGCACUUUUCCUCGACGCCCUAAAGCAGCACGCCGUUCAGCUGCCCUCCACCUACGCGAAAAGCUACUCAGAGUAUUCCUUCCAGGCGCUCCUCAUCCUCCGCCUCGCACCCCAGUGGAAAAACCAAAUCUUCGUCGAGCUACAACAAAACGACCCAGGCACACCCCGCAAGCGCUCCAACGCGCGUAAACUCUACACAGACUUCCAUGGCGACUCCCUCCACCGCCGGGAAGCAUGCCUCGACUGCUACGUCCACUGCCGCUGCUGGGAAAACCAUUCUGCACAGUGCACGCGCAACCGCGCCAACGGCCAGCUCCUCCGUGUCUGCAAAGCCAUAUGGGCGCCGUGCUGCACGCCAUGGGGCCCGGCCGGCAGUUCAUCCGCUACGUCGACGUGCGCAGCCAGCUGUUCCACGGCGGCGUGCUGUGGGAGUACCUGCUUCCGUGUCGCAUGA